AUGUCUCACAAACGCAAAAACGUCGUCAAAUUUUUCGCAAUUUUAGGUUCAGCGGUAUUACUAAUCGCGCUGACAGCAACUUGGACGCUGACGGAGGAAUCCAACUGGUAUCCCUCCAAAUGGGGAAAAGAUGAUCAACGCGGUGCAGCAAACCUGCUGACGGCUACAAAGGUUUUGGAAGCUGCCAGCCUGAUUAAGGAAGGAAAGUCUACCAACUCGGUCGGUUUACGAAGCGGGUAUGCCGCUGUUUGGGACACACGCCACUAUAGCUUGUUGAUCCCCCAAACCGGCAGCACCGAUCACGCAAAUAAAGUCACGUGGCAUGAUGAGAUUGUCAGUGGCGAAAUUGGACAGAUUGGCACCCAAUUCGAUGGAUUGGGACACCUCGGUAUCGGCGAUCUUUACUACAACGGAAACAAUCGCCUCGAUUUUGCCAAGCCCGAUGGAUUGAAGAAACUGGGUGUGGAGAAUGUCGGUGUGUUCGUUACCCGCGGGGUUCUCAUUGACGUUGCCGGCUAUAAAGGUGUCGAGCAUCUGGAGGGCGGCUACGAAAUCACGGUUGAAGAUAUAGAAGGCGCGUUAAAAAAGCAGGGUGUGGAGAUACGUCCGGGCGAUGUGGUCAUUACUCAUACCGGUUGGGGUAAAUUCUGGAUGACGGACAAUGAACGCUAUAACGGAUCGGAGCCCGGUAUCGGUAUGGACGCGGGCAAGUAUUUGGUUGAGAAACAGAUUGUUAUGGCGGGUGCAGAUAACUGGGCAAUUGAAGUGAUCCCGAACCCUGACGAAUCAAUUUUUGCCCCGGUCCAUCAACUGUUCAUUGCCAAAACCGGCAUGUAUAACAUUGAGAAUCUCAUCACCGCAGAGCUCGCAGCGGAUAAGGUCUACGAGUUCGCCUUUAUCUUCGCCCCGCUAAGGCUCAAAGGCGCUACUGGAUCUCCGGGCAAUCCGAUCGCGAUUCGCUGA